GUUCGAAGGGGACUCAUGUUGACAAGUUGGGAGGCAAUUCUGGAAAAAAUGUCCACCGCGCCGCGUCUCCCGCCGCCGCGCGGAGCCCCCGCUCUCUCCGUCUCCGACGACCAAGCCCCACGACCUCGUCUCGCCGAACCCACGCGCGGUCAACCUCCCAAACCCCUCAAGUCUCCACUCUCCACCUCCUCCUCCCCCUCACCAAGUCAAUCUCCACCCGACGCCGCCCCGCCCAUGGCUUCUCCCGCCGCCCCCCUCGCCCUCCUCAUCCUGCUCGUCUCGCUCGCCAUCGCCGCCGCUCAGUCCGGCCAGCCGUCGUCGCCGCCGAGAAACAGCACCAACAUCUCUGAUGCGGCCGCCCUGCACACGGUGUUCGAGAAGUGGGGACUGGAGGAUGGCACCAUGCCGCAGGGGUACCACCCGUGCGGGAAGCUCGUCUGGUCUAAUUCGUCGGAAAUGGAAGCGUCCAUCAACUGCUCUUGCAGCAGCAACGAGUGCCGCAUUACGCACCUGAACGUCACCGGCUACAGGAACAUCACCUUUAUCCCAGCGGAGCUCUUCAGUUUGACGGAGCUGGUCUCUCUGGAUUUAAGUAAUAACAACCUGAUUGGUCAAAUACCUCCCCAAGUCAGCAAUCUAUCCAAGCUGGAAACAUGGCACUUCAACAAUAACCGGCUCAAUGAGUCCUUUCCUAAUGCAUCUGCACUUUUAAGUAUACAAUCCCUGUGGAUGUUUGAUAAUGACAUCGAAGGAAUGGUUCCAGGAUUUAUUGCGAACUUUGCCAAUCUUACAGAUUUGAGAAUGUAUGGGAUGAAACUUCAAGGACCUAUUCCAGAAAAUUUCUCUAAAUUGAUCAAUAUAGAAAAUCUCAUGAUUGGUGACCUUGAUACCGAGGGCUAUCCUUUUAAUUUCACAGGAGAUUGGGUAAAUCUUUCAACGUUAUCUCUGAGGAAUUGUGGAUUCACGGGGAAGUUUCCUAACCAAAUUCUGAAGAAUCUGAACAAAUUAACAUACGUAGAUUUGAGAUCAAACAACUUGUCAGGAUCAAUUGACCUUCAGCAGUACGAUAGUAGCCUAAAGUACCUUUAUGUAGGUGAAAACAAUUUCAAUGGAUCUCUGCCUGAUCAAAUGCCUCAAUCACUAGUUGCUCUGGAUGUCACAUAUAAUCCUUUGCUUAGGGGAAGGCUUCCUAGCAGUUCUGCUGAUAGAAAGAUGCGGAUAAAUUAUAUUGGAACUUCGAUUGGUGCAGGAAGCUCAGUUGGCAGUGAAAACCUUCGUCUCCUCAAUUGUGUCGACAUGAAAGGAUGCAACACAACAGGUUUAACUAAUCCUGUAUCCUUUGCUGUGAACUGUGGGGGCAAGCAAUAUACUCCUCCUUCAGAUCCGUCGAAUAUGUUCAAUGACGACUCCGCUAACCUUGGAGCAGCAGACUUUCAUGUGGACACUAAUAAUAAUUGGGUAGUCAGUCAUGUGGGCACUGAUCCUUUUAGUAACUCUUCUGGUAUUGUAACUACCGGCAAUGGAACAAACAUACCUGAGCUCUACAGAACGGCAAGAACAUCAACUGGUUCCUUAUGGUACUAUGUGGUUGGCUUGCCUAGUGGGAAAUAUACAGUUCAACUCUUCUUUGCAGAGAUAGUUAUAGAAAGUGGAUCAGGAAGGCGUUUAUUUAACAUCGACAUUCAGGAUCGGAAUAUCAUGACAGAUUUUGACAUUUCCAAGGAAGCAGGGGGUUCCAACAGACCCAUUAACAGAAAUUAUACAGCGGAUGUCACCACCUCAGUGUUGAAAAUACAUCUCUACUGGAAUGGGCGAGGCACUUGCUGUAUUCCACGCAAUGGAACUUAUGGUCCUCUGGUGUCAGCAAUAAGAGUAUUCCCUUCCGCGGAGACGCAAGCCAGCCCCCCUCCUGUGGCGCUUACAUCAAGGCACGAUGAAAAGCGAAGAGGAGUGGUUGCAGGAAUUGCUGCUCUUUCCAUAGCUGCUACAGUGAUAUCUUCAUCAGCUGUCUACCUCUGGUGGAAAUGGGUUUCACUUGUGAAGCAUCGAAAGGCAUGAGGUGUUCAGAUGUGCAUAUACAAAGCUGGUUGUUUUAAUUUUGUUCCUUCUGUCUUCUUAGCAUGUUCAUGAGCCUAUGUCUGUAUUGUAUGGGCAUUGAGCUGGGUUUACAUGAGCUGUACAGGAAAAGGUACUGUGUAACGUCAAGAGGAAAGCAACAAUAUUGAUGUACAGUUUGGUUUGUGGUCAUGAUUUUUAGCCUAUAGUUUUGUUGCUCUACCAUCAUUUAUAGCCAGGGUGUAAUCUCAAGUUAAUUUUUUUUUGAAAGUUUUGUACAUGUUACUUGUAUCAAUUUGUAAAGCUUUUUUGCACCCAUAUCAAUGUGUCAAUUGACACCGAAGAUCAUUUGUUUACGAAAAUUGCGUGUUAA